AUGGAGAAAAUUACUGACGGGAUGAACAAGAUGAACAUUGCGGAGCCCCAGAAGAAAAACCGUAUUCAAGUCUCCAAUACCAAGAAGCCGCUUUUCUUUUACGUGAAUCUCACAAAGAAGUACAUGCAAGACAACAAUGAGGUCGAGCUUUCUGCGCUUGGCAUGGCUAUUUCAACUGUCGUAUCAAUUGCUGAAAUUCUGAAGAACAGUGGCUUUGCUGUUGAAAAGAAGAUAACAACAUCCACCGUGGAGAUAAGGGAUGAGUCAAGAGGAAGAUCUGUCCAAAAAGCCAAGAUUGAGAUAGUACUUGGCAAGUCUGCAAAUUUCGAUGAACUGAUGGCAGUCGCCAAACAGGGCAUGGACAAUGAAAAUGGUGAGGAUUAG